ACCUUUGGGGUUCUUGGGGUUUAAAGAGGUUUUUAUUUUACUCCCCGCCUGCCGAGAGGAAGGGAGCCCUAGGCUCUGGCCAGGAGCUGAAGGACCGGCAGGAUGUAGAUGCAGACCGGGCUUCACUGCAGCAACCGGAAGUUGCUAGUGCCGGCUUGUGCUGCGUCUGUGGCUCCCAUGGCAACAGGAACAACUUCCGGCUCAUCCCCCCCCCCCCACCUUCGCCCAAACAGCAGGCGCACCCUGGCAACCAGACCCAAAUCUGCAGAACAGGCCCGCAGGUCUCUCGUUGAGGUUUGAAAAUGUACAGCCAGCGGUUUGGAGUCAUACAGCGGGAGAUUAAGGGACCCACUCCCAAGGUGGUGUCCGUGAGAGCCAAGCCUCCUAAGCCCCGAGGAACUGAGCAGCAAGUGGAAAAAAUCCAACGCAAACACCAGAAGUAUCAUGCCACUUUGGCUAACAUUAAGUCACGGGAAUGGGAUCGCCUGAAAGUUGAUUGGAAUGAGCACAGUGACCGCAGGUCUUUUGCCAGCAUUGUGCAAGCAAGAAUCAAUUGUGCAAUGCAAGAAUUUCUCAUCAAUACUGAAGAAAGACGAAACAAGCUACGUGAACUUUUAGCAGCAGAAGAGUAUGAGUAUUUUAGUGAAAUGCAAUCAAAAGGAGAAACCAUUGAAGAGAAAAAGGAUAAAAUGAGAGAGAAAACCAAAUUAUUAAGAGAGAAAAAAGAAAAGGAGAGACAGGAUUUUGUGGCUGAAAAAUUAGACCAGCAAUUCAGGGAACACUGCGAGGAUCUCCGCACGCAGUUGUAUUCCAUCCAUGAAAAGGCAGUGUCGGAGGAGAGGAAAGCACAGGUAGAAUUCAAUGAGGAGCUGCGGAAACGAAAGCUGGUAGAAGAGAAGAUGUUCGCCCAGCUCUGGGAGGAAGACCGCUUAGCGAAGGAGAAGCGAGAAGCCCAAGAGGAGAGGAGACAGAGGGAGCUGAUGGAGAACACACGCCUGGGGCUGACCACGCAGAUCACGAGCCACCUGGCACAAAGGCAGGAGGCUCAGCGGCUGAAGAAAGAGGAGAUGCGCCUGCUGGAAUAUGAGAAGGCAAAGAUUAAAUUUGAGGAUGAACAAGAUAAGAUGAAGAAACAGAAGGCAAAAGAGGAAAUGAGGAGCAUUUUGCAAAAAGCCUUACAAGAGAAGAUGGAGCAUAUUCAGCAGGAAUUCAGAGAAGAGCAGGACUUGAACAUGAAACUUGUGCAAAAGGCCCAUCAAAACUUAAAGGAAGAGACAGAAAAAAAUAAGCAAAGAAAAGAAAAUAUGAUGAGAGAACAGAAGAUGUAUCUUGAAUAUUUGGCACAGCAACACGAGGAAGAAAAAGCUCAGGAGAAAGAACUGGACAGAAUAUUAGAGGAAGAGAAGGAAAAGAAGUGGGCUGAGAAGGACAAACAGCUACGGCUUGAAAGGGAGGCGAGGAAACAACUCUUGGACGAGGUCAUGUGUACAAGACAACUCCAAGUACAGGAAAAGUUACAACGGAAAGCCAAGGAACAGGAAGACCGCGCCAUGGAACAGAAACGCAUAGCCGAAGGCCUUAGAGAACUUUACUUUGAUGGGGAGGAGAAUUAUGCAAGGCGGUGUGAGUUAGCCCAGGAAUACAAGGAACAUCUUCAGAUGCAAGUGGCUCACCAGCAGCAGAUCCGAGAAGCUGAGAAGGCAGAGCAGCGCCGAGAGUAUGAGGAAGGAAUGGCAGCACAGAAGGCCUAUGAGGAGAAGAUCCAGAAGAUCCUGUCGUUCCAACCUGUGCGGCCCCAAAACAUCCACCCCAUGCGGAGAGCUUGCCCCAACAAGCUCCCAUUGUAGUUUCACGAACAUCAAUGUACUUUUCUUGCUCUUUUCAUAUUAUGAAGUACAGUGUGCUUGUGUGUUCACUUCA